AUGGAAGAGCAGAAGAAGAGACGACUGGACGACGGGAACAGAACAAACAGCAUGGCAGAACCAACCUCGCCCUUCUCCAUGAGGAGGAAAAGUAGCACUGGGUCUGUGAAUUCACAAAUCACAGAGACGAAAAACAAACAGGGGGUGUACCCAAUAACGGAAAGUAAUAUAAGGAUCCACGAGGGAGAAGACAUAAUCACCAAGGCAAAGGAAGUUUUACAAAAGCACGUAAGUAAUGUAUUUGAAAAUGAAAAGACCUUGUACAUAUAUUGCAAGUAUGUCAUGGUGCAUUACGGGAAGGAUCUAAUCGACCCAAACCAAGUGCACUCAUUACAUUUUCAAAUGAUCAAUGGUGGCAUCACAAACAUUUUAGUUAAAGUGAAAGAUAUGUCGACCCAAGCCCAGUACCUCAUAAGACUGUACGGACCCAAAACAGAUGAAAUUAUUAACAGAGAAAGAGAAAAAAAAAUUUCAUGUAUUUUAUACGAUAAAAAUAUAGCUAAAAAAAUUUAUGUAUUUUUUUCAAAUGGAAGAAUUGAAGAAUUCAUGGAUGGCUAUGCUUUGUCUAGAGAGGACAUAAAAGAACCCAAAUUUCAAAAGCUCAUUGCACAAAAUCUGAAGCUUCUACAUGAUAUAAAUUUAAGUGAUAAUUUAUAUAAAGAGAUACAAGUGACUCAGAAUGUGCCCGGGACAAGACCCUCCUUCUUGUGGAAUACUAUUUGGAAAUAUUUUAAUUUGCUUAAUGAAGAAAGGAAGAAAAUAUGUGCCUUCGAUUCUAAAGCUAAUAUAUUGAAGCUAAUCGACUUUGAUAUAUUGAGGGACACCAUCCUUGAGGUGGAGAAGAUGUGCAAGAGGGAGAACUCACCCAUAGUACUGUGCCACUGUGAUUUGCUUUCCUCUAACAUUAUUAACAGUGGCGGCGUCCCACCGGAGGGGGUAGGCGCGGCAAACGCGGCGGGGACGGCAAACGCGGCGAACGGGGUAGGCGCGGCGGACGGGGACAAAAUAUCCUUUAUUGACUUUGAAUAUUCCUGCCCCAUGGAGAGGGCCUACGACAUUGCGAACCAUUUCAACGAGUACGCAGGGUUCAACUGCGACUGGGAUUUAACUCCCUCCAGGGAAGAAGAAUAUUAUUUUAUAAAGCAUUACUUGGGCACAGAUGAUGAGCAAUUAAUUAAUAAGCUCAUUCAGGAAAUACAACCCUUUUACGUGUGUUCACACAUCACCUGGGGUCUGUGGUCCCUCCUGCAAGGCAUGCACUCCUCCAUUGACUUUGACUUUAUAAACUACGGUAUGACUCGCCUCACUGCGUCCUGCCUGCCAAUUUUCAGAUCCAAGGUCACCAACAAAGCGGACCCAUGA